CAUUCUGUUCUUGCUUCAGAAGAUGCCAUAGAUUUCACAGGAAAACAAGAUGGAAGAGACGAUGAAGGUGACAAUAGCAGUGUGGAUUUGGAGGGUGAGGUCGAGGAUACUAACCAAAAAUCCAAGCACCCUCAUAGCAAUGAUAGUGUGUCAGAUGACUUCAAUACAACAGAGAAAGAAUACAUUCCUACUGAAGCUGAUUUUAAUGAGGAAACAGACAUUGCAAGAAAGGUUCUGAAAAAUUUGAUUACAUCCUCUACCAAAGUAACUCUUCCCUCUCAGGUUGAUGUUUUGAUGCUGCCCAAGAGAAAUGAGGAGCUGAAUUUUGUUGACACCAUUGGUGCACCAAAUAAUUUAUCUGCUAAAUCUGCAGAAGUAUCAGGUGUUACUAAGCCAUGAAGCUCCAGCAAAGUCGAGUCAGCAA